GUCCGACACCUCCCUCCCUUAGCACAACAAAACAGCAAAUCAUCACGCCGCAUCUCCGUUGCUCGUUCCUCGUUUUGCCGGAUUUUAUCCACGGAAUCGUUUAAGAAUGGAAUCCUCGAUUAAAGUGACGCCGAAAAUGCCGUCGACGUUCAACGACUUCCCGGGUCAUUUGGCUCCGCGGGACGAGAGCUGCGUCGCUCAAAUUCAGACCGUGCACCCGCUGAAGCAUUCGGAAGAAAAUUACAACCAACAUCGCCACAACCUCAACAUGCAGAUGCUGCGCCAGCGGGAAGGUUUAGCUGCCCCACUCAAGCUGACGAUGGAGCUGAAGGCGGUCUCGAAGGUUGGCCACCUGCCGUUCCUUCCUUCUACAAACAUCGCUCGUGAUGUGCUCACUGGUCGCGACGAAAUGAUUGAGUUUUCGGACAUUUUCAACACUCCAGAGCACCAAGAGAUCAUUCGUCAACCGCACGCCGUCAUGGAGAAGGUGUUGGGCAUCUGAAUCUGUUAAACGGGAAGGUACAUAAAGGAGCGCCAAUAAAUGUUCGGCUGAUUCUUAAA